UCCUCGGCAGGGAUUCAUCUUGCUGCGACUCUUCUUCUUUGACAGUCCAUCCCGGAAGAAGAGUUGCUUGGCGAUGAUGAUGAUGAUGCGGUAAAUCAAGAGGGACUUUCCUGUCUCACUGCAGGAAUGCCAGGCGGAGAGUACGGGGAGCUCGGGGGUAGCCUCCCCGCCAUCGCCUCCCUGAACGCCUCCUACUCUACAACCCUGUCUCUGCCUUCCCCGUACCUGUUUGUACCACCCGCGGAGCGUAAGGUCAUCUCUGACGUCCGACGCACCUUCUGCCUCUUCGUGACGUUCGACCUCCUCUUCAUCUCCCUCCUGUGGAUUAUUGAGCUGAAUAUCUCCAGCACAAUCUGGGAGAGCUUAGAAAACGAGGUCGUCCGUUACAACUACAGAUCUUCCUUCUUUGACAUCUUUCUCCUUGCUUUGUUUCGUUUCCUGUGUCUACAAGUCGGUUACGCUGCUUUUCGGCUAAAGCACUGGUGGGUUAUUGCGGUCACCACUCUAGUAACCAGCGUCUUCCUUGUUGUGAAAGUCAUCGUAUCUAAUCUCCUGUCCCAGAAUGCCUUUGGUUACGUGUUACCCAUCACCUCGUUCGUGGUGGCCUGGCUGGAGACCUGGUUCCUCGACUUCAAGGUGCUCACGCAGGAGGCCGAUGAUGAGAGAGCCUACUUAGCAGCGGUGAACGCAGCCUGCGAGCGAGCCCCCAUGAUCUACCCCCGCGCUGUUUCAGACGGACAGUUCUACUCUCCACCUGAAUCAGUCGCAGGCUCUGAAGAAGAUCUGGAUGAGGAGGGUCUCGGUCGACGCGCUGUCACUUCUCAGGAGAAGGAAUAUGUCAGACAGGGUCGUGAAGCCAUGUCCGUGGUAGAGCAGAUCCUGACCCAGGAGGACAACUGGAAGUUUGAAAAAAACAACGACAUGGGCGACUCUGUCUACACUUUGGAGAUUCCCUUCCACGGCAAGACUUUCAUUCUGAAGGCUCUUAUGCAGUGUACCGCUGAACUCGUGUAUCAAGAGGUGAUUUUGCAGCCGGAGAAGAUGGUCCAGUGGAACAAAACUGUCUCUGCCUGCCAGAUCCUCCAGAGGAUUGACGACAACACUCUAGUAUCAUACGAUGUCUCCGCUGGGGCAGCAGGAGGAGUUGUGUCUGCUAGGGACUUUGUUAAUGUUCGGCGAGUUGAACGCAAACGAGACUGCUACCUGUCUGCUGGCAUGGCAACCGACCACGAUGCCAAACCUCCGAGCGGCCGCUACGUCAGGGGAGAGAACGGUCCAGGUGGAUUUGUGGUCCUUAAAUCCAGCAGCAACCCGUCCGUCUGCACCUUCAUCUGGGUCCUCAACACAGACCUGAAGGGCCGACUGCCCCGCUACCUCAUCCACCAGAGUCUGGCCGCCACCAUGUUUGAGUUCAUGUCCCAUUUACGUCAACGCAUAGCUGACCUGCGGCCCUCUCUCCGUGCCCACCAACACCUUUAAAGCAGGAGAGAUGUCAAACUGUGCCAAGGCUGUUUGGGACGCGUCACUACAGUUUUUUUUUUUUUUUUUUUUUGUGAAUCCCAAAAUCGGCAUAGCUGCACCCUUGUGAUGCAUCAAAGCUGAAGGGAUAAGCUACCGUAACCGAGAAGACUGUUUUCCUUAAGCAUAGGAAGUGUGAGACAUUUUCACAUUUCAGUCACUGGAGAAGAGGAGUCAUUCGGUUAUCACAAAGAGAGACGGUGCUCCUCCUCGUUCUUAAAACUUCAACCAUGUUGUUUUUAAGCUUGAUCGCAUAUAUAUGUGUUUUUGCGUGGACCUGUAAAUGUUUUGCUGUGUCUCACCAUGCAACGAGAACUUGAAGUUUCACCCCGAAGCCUUCUUGACUCAGGGUGGACUUUACUGAAACAAGAAGACCUGCAUGUGAGUGAUUCUCACCGUGUGGACGUCUGUCUCACUUGUUACGAAAGAACUGAUGUGACGGUUCGGUCGACUGAAAUCUUCUUCUACCAAGCAGCUGUCUCUCUGAGCCUUAUCUUACUGCACACAUCACUUGCUGCUUCUUUUUUUUCUUUUGUGGAGAUUUUUUUUGUGUUUUUUCUUUUUUUUUUCACUGCACCAGCUUCAACGUGGUUCUCUGGUGCACCUACCCAUAAACUAAUCCACACUUCACAACAAUGCCUGUAACAAACACUUAAUUUGGAUGGGUUAAAGCUAUUUCCACACAGUUUGUCUACACUGUGAUAGAUUGGGAGGAAAAGAAGUCACUCUGAUGUCUAAUGACCACAAGAGGGAGACACCACUUAUCCACUAAGAGAAAGCCUCUUGAUUUGACUUCCUCACCUGCAACAGGCUGCAACUCAUGAUUAUUUUUUUUAAUGAAAUAUUAAACUAUUUUCUUGAUAUUUGAGUUGAUCCAUAAAAUAACAGAAAGUAGGGAGAAAUUCCCAUCAUAAUUUCCAAGAUCCCAAGGUGAUACCAACAAAAAAUGUCAUGUUUUUCUUACCAACAGCCCAAAAACCAAAGAUAUUAAAGUUACUGUAAUGUUCAGACAAGGGGAAAGCAGCAAACUGUCACAUCAGAGAAGCUGAAAUUCUGAAAUUGCAUGAAAAACUCAUUUAAGUCAACUAAACGACUAAUCAUUGAAGCUGUAGUUUUUAAUUCUGGGAUUGGCCAGGAAGUCAAACAAGGAGUCAGAUCAGGAGGUCGUCAGUUUGUGUUGCAGAUAAUUUAUCAAGCUCGGUUAAAGAAAAAAUGAGGACGAUCAUAAUGUUCAUAAAUUAGGACCUUGUGCACUUACUAAAGCUUUUGUGCCAAUAACCUCAAGUGGCCUUGUGGAAAAAUAGCUGAACUCAUGAUUUGUCAUAAGAAGUUAUUACUUUGUUGAUUUUUCAUUGACUUUCGUUCAGCCUGCCCGUCCCUCCAUCAAGCCCUGAAAGGUGGCACUGAAUAAGGUUUUUCUAUCAUUUCUUACAAUUAUGAGCAUUAUAUAUUUGUUUUUAAUCAUUUAGAAAUCACACUUCCAGCUUGUUAAGUUUUACUCAGUGUUAUGAUGUAUGUGGAAAAAAGGAAAAAAAAAUCAUUGUUCAUAAGUAAUGAAAACUGGCUACAAACUGAGGUUUUGUCUUUUGUUGGAGUUAAUAUUGAGUUGAACCUAAUGGAACAAAUUGUCUUUUGCUUUUCUACUUCAGGAAGUAAGGAAACAACUCGUAUUGUUGUUCACUCUUUGAAGGAGCAUAAUUAUGGGAGUUACUGUGAUGUAAUGUAAAUGACCAUUUCACAGUCACAACAUGGCUUACAGCCUUUAAGGCUUUUUCAGUUUUUAAGUAUUUGUGGGUGCUGCAUCACAUCUAGUCAAAAAGGCAAGAUUAUUUUGAUUUAGCUGGAUUGCUACUUACUGUAAAGAGAGAAUGUCAUAUGAUGUAAUUAUAUCAACAAUUUGGUGCCUUUAUCACAGCAACGUUACACAUCAGCGUUUUCUUUUGCUUUGCAUUUAUCUCAAGUAACACAUGCUGUUAUAUCAACGCUUCAACAAAGCUAUAUUGUAUGAAACCUGCCUGGAAGUGCUUCAGUUAUUGUUUUUUUUUUCUCUUUAGUAAUCGUUUUUGAAUGUAUGUGUCAUGACUUAAUUUAAAGCCAUCACAGGAGUACUGACCAACCAUUUUUAUAGAGUCUUAACCAGUGUCUUAUGUCUAAUAAAAUGAAUUCAUGACAGUG